CUGUUCUUUUGUUUCAGAGCUGUCACCAGACCCGUAAUUGCAGAUAAAGUGUCAAGGACGGAACUCGUUAAUCGCACUCGCGGUUUGGUUUCAAGCUUUCUUCUUGCUGAAACGUCUGUUGCAAAAUUAUCUAAAGUUGAAGAGUUGAAUCAUCAUUUCACUGAAUUUCCUUCCAGUCGAAUUAUAGCUUUAAAAAACUCUCAUUUCGUUUGCACCUUAUUGCGAAUCUCAGAAAGGAGCAGUAAUGAGAAGUUGAAGGAAAGGUCACGUCAGUGUUUGUCGAUCUUAGGAUAUGUUGACGAUCCAAAGGGAGCAGGGAUAAGAAUACUUUCGAUCGAUGGAGGUGGAACACGAGGAAUGAUGUGUUUGGAAGUUUUGCAAGUUUUAGAAAACAGCUUGUGCGGGCCUAAGCUUUCGGAUGUAUUUGAUUAUAUUAUUGGAGUAAGUACUGGGGCUAUUAUUGCUGUCCUGAUAACAGCUAAAGGAUUUUCAAUCAAAACUUGUAAGGAGUAUUAUAUGCAAAUGUCAAAGGAUCUCUUUAAUCAAGGACGAUUGUCUGGUGUUAGUGGUCUUUUGACAUCACAUUCUUAUUACAACACUAAAAAGUGGGUUCGUCUUCUCAAACAGGUAGUUGGUGAAGAUUCUGCGCUGAUGGACAGUUGCUGCCGUAAAGGAGCUCCAAAACUGGGUGUUGUUUCUUCUAUAGCCAACACACCAGCUCUGCAACCAUAUAUCUUUAGGAAUUACGAUCUUUUACCGGGACGAGAAAGCCAUUUCAAAGGUGGAUGUGAUUUUCUGCUUUGGCAAGCAAUACAAGCGUCAGCUGCAGCUCCUGGUUACUUUGAAGAAGUGGCUCUUGGUCCCAUCCUGCAUCAAGAUGGAGGGAUUUUAGCCAACAAUCCAACUGCUCUCGCUUUGCACGAGGCAAGGCUCUUGUGGCCUAAUGAAAGGAUUCUUUGCGUUGUGUCUAUAGGAAGUGGACGUAGUGUAGUACCAAUGGAACCAACAGAGCUGAAGUUAGCCACCGGCUUACAAGACAAAAUUACUCGUAUUGUCGAUUCAGCCACUGAUACAGAACUGGUUCACUUAGCAAUGCAAGAUCUGCUUCCAGCUGACUCCUAUUUUCGUUUCAAUCCUUACAUGAGCUCCAACUACAGUUUGGACGAAGUGGAUUCAGAGAAGCUUGUGCAAAUGGGGCAGGACGCUCAGCUAUAUCUGCGAAGGAAUAGGGCUAAGAUUAAAGCAGCGGCUGCUACGUUGCUGAAAAAGCCUUCCGUAUAUCGACGCUUUAUUCGUUUUGCAAGGCACUUUUCAAAUCUUCAAGGAUUCUUCCUCCCUCCAGUUUUUUGA